AUGAACACUGACAACUUUAUGCGUGUUACUACGGAUGCAGCCUUCAAGCGGCUAUUUGGUGAUGCAGAUGCCCUCAUUUUUCUCCUGAGGUCAAUAUUACCGGACGUUCGGCUGCACCAGGUAACAACACUCAAGCCUGUAUACUCCCAGCCUUCCACGCCAUCCUUGUCACGUUCCACGUCAAACAAAAAUACUCCAAAGCGCCCUAUCUCCUCCACUGUUCGAAAUGUGGGACGACAACAAAUUGGUGAAUGUGGAGAUGCAAGUUGCCCCGGAACCGCAUUUUCUCAAUCGACUGGUCUACCAUUCGUCAAGACUGAUUGUCGACAAACAAGGCUGUCUACGUGGAACUUUAAGCUGUCUCCGGUCUACGUGAUUGCGAUCUGCGACUUCUCCUUUCAACGUCUCCGAGGAGUCCCAACUGAGCUCCAGGAUGCGUGGUUGUGCCCAGCCUCCACUUUCUUCGAUGGCAAGCAAUCUCUGGUAUAUCCUGAUGAAGCACCUCGACCAGGAUUCUUACCAUUCAAUGAUGUUGCACACUACAUUCUGAUAUCGCUUCCGUCAUUUCAUGUGCCUGCCGAUGCUUGCAAAACACCCCGGGAGCAGCUUGUCUGGCUACUCCGACAUCUUGGCUCGACUAACAAUACGAUUCCGAAGUGGGUCCAAGACAGUGAAGACCUCAAGCACCUGCUAGAGACAGUACGCAUUGCGGGCCUCUCGCGCGAGGAGUCGGUCGCCUAUAGGAAGGAACUGGAGCAGUUGCAGGUAGUUGCCAAUGCUACAACCUUUGCCAUCGAGGAAGCCAAGGAGGAGGGUCGACAAGAGGGCCAACAACUCAUGUUGGACAAGCUGCGCGGUAUGGCGGACGCUGACGAGAUCAUGAAGUACAUUAACUCAUUCUCAGCAAAACGAUCAUCUUAA